AUGGCGAUGCGGCUUCCGAGCCGCAGCGGCGCAAGCACCUCUUGCGUCGCUGCUCGCCGCACCGCUCGCCCUGCUGCUGUGUUUCCAUGCGCCAGCCCCACGCACCGGCAGCGUCGUGAGACGCUAUGCCUGGCAGCCGAGCGCGACACCGCUGAGGCGCAGGAGGCAGGCAGCGGCGGCAGCAGCGACGCCGCUGCCGACACGAGCAGCGGCACCCGCGCUCCCUCCGCCGCCGCUGCCGCCGCGGUCGUGCCGAGCGUCGGGCCUCCCUACGGCGUGAUGGCGGCCUUGGCCGCGCUGGGCACCGCGGAGACCGCGUACCUGACGGUCGCCAAGCUCACAGCCUCCGAUGUGGCGUGCCCCGUCGCCGGCGCUUGCGCCAGCGUCCUUAACAGCAGCUACGCGACGCUCCUCGGCCUGCCGCUCCCGCUGUUCGGCGCCGCCGCGUACGGCGCCGUCGCGGCGCUCGCAGCAGCCGGCGCGCGCGAGGCCGCCGCCGGGCGCGACCUCGGCCCGGCGCCGCGGCUCGCGCUGGCGGGCGGCGUCGGCGCGCUCGCGGCGACGAGCGCUUACUUGAUGUAUGUCCUGCAGACCUCCCUCGGCGGCGCGCCCUGCGCGUGGUGCUACGCCUCCGCCGCCCUCUCCUUCUCGCUCGCCGCGCUGCUCGUGGUCGGCCUGCCCGCGCGCCAGCUCGCGGACGCGGCCGGCCCGGGCCUCGCGUCGACGGCGGCGGCGGCGCUGCUGCUGUACUUUGGGUUCGCCCCCGUCGAGGGCAGCACAGCCGCUGGCGGCGCGACGUUUGAGCUGCCAUACAACAAGCCCGAGGUCACGAAGGAGAGCACCCCGCGCUCGGUCGCGCUGGCGGAGCGGCUGCGCGACUCGGGGGCGCAGAUGUUUGGGGCCUUCUGGUGCAGCCACUGCUUCGAGCAGGAGCAGACGUUCGGCAAGCAGGCCAUGGCGGCUCUUCAAAACAGCGCCUCACCCGUCACGGUCUCGCUCCUCGCCGCAGCCUUUCCCUAUGUGGAGUGCUUCCCAGACGGAUGGAGGCGGGGCGUCCAGCUGGCGCCCGCCUGCGCCGAGGUCCCAGUGCAGGCCUUCCCCACUUGGGUCAUAGGCAACCAGAUUAUAGAGGGCGAGCUCGACUUUGACACCAUCACAUCCCUGCUGGACGAAGCGGACAAGCCCGCGGCGGCUGCAGUGGCGGCUGUUGAGCAGUAG